AUGUCAUCCCUCCAAAACUUCACAUACACAUCCAAAACUCCCCGCGUCGUCUUUGGCUCCGGCUCCAUCUCCUCCAUCACCGCUGAACUAUCAUCCCUCAGCUGUUCACGCCCUCUCAUCCUCUGCACUCCACGCCAAACACGCCUCGCACAGCUCGUCGAUUUCCACCUCACAGAGUUCUUCGCCGACAUCUACUCCCAUGCCACCAAGCACACGCCCAAAUCCAUCACCAACAAUGCCAUCGACUUUGCCAAAUCGCACCGAGUCGACGCCGUCAUCUCCAUUGGUGGCGGAAGCACCAUUGGUCUCGGUAAAGCGUGCGCAUAUCACGGCGGCUUCAAACACAUAUGUAUCCCAACCACCUAUUCAGGCAGCGAAGUCACACCCAUUCUCGGCGAAACCAUCGACGGGGUCAAGACUACACGCUCAGACCCGGCUAUUGUCCCCGACACCGUCAUUUACGAUGUCGAUCUUACCUUAACACUGCCCCCGCAGGUCAGCGCAUAUAGUGGCAUAAAUGCGAUUGCGCAUGCUGUGGAAGCUCUCUACGGACAGGGAAAGAAUCCAGUAAUCACUCUGCUUGCUACAGAGGCUAUUCGUGUGCUAGCUAAUGCGUUACCAGAGAUUGUGGCAGAUCCGUUAAAUAAAGACGCCCGGUCAAAGGCAUUAUACGGCGCAUGGCUGUGCGGUUAUUGUCUUGGGAGUGUAGGCAUGUCUAUACAUCAUAAACUGUGCCAUGCGCUCGGUGGGAGUUUUGGUCUGCCUCAUGCAGAGACGCAUACUGCUAUUCUUCCACACGCUCUAGCGUAUAAUGCACCCGCAGUCCCCGAGGCCAUGGCGAUUUUGGCAAAAGUGUUCCCGGACAGUAACGGUGAUGCUAUCCACGGACUGGAUCUGUUAUUGGAUAGACUAAAAGUGGGUAGAGCGCUCAGAGAUCUUGGAAUGGAAGAAGAGGAUAUUGAAAAGGGCGUGGAUAUCGCAACAGAUAAUGUGUAUCCGAAUCCAAGACCGGUGACGAUAAUUGGCACCCACAGAAUCAUUCGGCGCGCAUGGGCGGGAGAACCAGCAACAGCCGACAUCUAAGCCCCUGAAUUAAAAACAAAAUUGGAUUUUUAA